AUGCAGUCAGGAAUAUCAGCGUCGAAAGAAUUGCAAGAUGCAUUCAACAACCUCGUGUCCUCAUCGUCACAGCGAGGGCUCCUGGCAACCAUAAAGAACGAAACCCUCGUACCCGUCGAGACUCUGCAGGCCAAUGCAGACUUCCGCAGCGAUCUGUCCGGUCUGUCGCAACACCUCAGCAAAGAUGAAGCAAGAUACAUUCUGCUCAAGCAAGAUGGCUCGGCUGCCGACGGCUACGUCGCCGUAACAUACGUCCCCGAUGCUGCCAAUGUACGCCAGAAGAUGUUGUUUGCCUCGACACGUUUGACACUGGUCCGUGAAUUGGGAGUUGAGCGGUUCCGCGAGACCGUCUUCUGCACCACCGCUGAGGAGCUUACUCCGGAGGGCUGGGACCGUCAUGAGAAGCACAACCGUCUGGAUGCUCCUUUGACCGAGGAAGAGGCUGGUUUGAAGCACAUCAAAGAAGCUGAGGCAAUGGAGAGUGGAGGUACUGGUGGCAAGAGCUUGCCCAGUGCAGGUAUUGCUCUUAACCUGGGCGACGAGGUCAGCAAUGCUCUCGAGAGUCUCAAGGAUUCUCGUGAGGGAUCUCUGGUUAUGAUCAAAAUCGACGUGCCUACCGAGACGCUGCACCUCGAUGCUUCGAAACAGGACAUCCAGCCUGCCGACCUCAGCUCUGAAAUCAGCUCGUCCGAACCCCGCUACUCCUUCUACAACUACCCUGGUCAACAAGGUGUCGUUUUCAUGUACAGCUGUCCUAGCAAGAGCAAGAUUAAGGAACGCAUGGUCUACGCUUCGUCACGUUCGCAGCUGGUUACUCUGGCAUCGAAUGUUGGUCUGAACAUCACAAAGAGACUCGAAGCUAGUUCACCAGACGAGUGGUCAGCGAGUACUCUGGCCUCUGAGUUCCAGGAGCAAAAGGUGGAGAGCAAGGGUUUCGCUAGACCCAAGCGACCAGGAAGAAGGUAG